AUGAAAAACAAAAAUCUUGAUAAUAUUCAAUCAGAUUUACAAUUUAUUCUUGAUCGAACACCUUUUCUUUAUUCACUUUGUAUUGGUCCAUUGUCCGCAUUCAAUUCACAUAUACCAUUCAAGGAAAUUACAUGUGCUUCAGUUCGGCAACUAGAUAUACGAGGAGGCACUCAGUAUAGCUCUUGGUAUGUAAGUCCCAGUGUUUGUGAAAAACAAUGUGUUCAACUGUUUCAUUCGCCAUUAGCUAUUCAGUGUGAAACACUUAAUAUCAAAGUUACAACUCGGCAAAUAAUGCUUGAUCUUGUCAAUAAUAUGCCUAAUCUCAAAGCAUUGAAUGUUAUGUGUGACGAUGAUGCUGGAUCUUAUUUAGAUGGUGCCGAGCUACUAGAAAAUGAAGUUUUUAAUUGGUUAUAUCAACAAUUACCAUCAACAUCUAUCAUAUCAAGGGAUACAACUUACCAUCGUAUUAUUCAAAUAUGGAUUCGAUGA